GGCACUUGGCUACUGGUAUUUUGAGGAGAACCCGAAUUUAUAUCAACCAAUUUUACAUCCACAUGCCUCGGAGUCGUUUUUGGGUCGCUUGCUUUCUCCAUUCCAGUGGUGCUUGGCUAGGGUCAAGGCUGAACUGCUCCGCCUCAGAACAGCAUUUUGGAUAGGAGCCAAGUUGAAAGGCACUGCCUUCCUCAAAGCAAGAUAUCAUGCCCUAACUAGUCGGAAUAUCGCUAUAAUUGAACCUGGACGGGCAUGCUUGUUGAAACAUUUCAUCCUCUUCUGAAAUCAAGGGUGUUAGUAUACCGUACACCACUGAAUUGUGACUUUGCACCAAGCAACGAUGGCGACGAGCGGAACCUUGCAUUUGCUCAUCAGUAACUGUUCACGCCUUGAAAUAGAAAUCCAGUCAACCUCAGCGUCGAAGACUCUUCCGGAAGCCAAACAACUAGAAACAAUAUUGCACGCCGUGCUGGAGACACUCCAAACAAUUCAACAGGACAUGAACGACGCUGAACUGGAUUCACUGAGACCUCUAUUUUCCGCGUGCACAAAGUUAAUGCCUAUUUUGGACGAGAAGGUGAAAGCCAUGGGUCGGACUAGCCCACUCCGGUGGUUCUCGUCGAGGUCGGGUAUUACAACGCUGGUGGGGGAGCUGCAGGGUAUCAACACUGCACUGCUCAGGGAGAAAGAUAGCCAGUGUUCAUCAAAAGGUCUGGCGCCGUCCAGCCAUGGUCCUCCACCUCGAUACGCUGAGGCGACAUCGACGUAUACGAACCUUCAACCAGGCCAAGGAAUUGCAUCUCCAGCAUCUAAUUUCACCGCCAUGCCUGACUGGGGGUCGGCAGUAGAAGAAAUGGAUACUAGAGCACUGAUACCGGAGGACCAUACGCGGAAGACUGGCGGAUUUCGAGCGUUAGGUGAUCUGAAUAGGUCGAAAGGUGUGACAUUCUCGUACCUCUCAUGUUACAGGUACCGAGGGAAGAACCGCUUCUGUGCCAUUUGGGAGGAGGAUGGACCAGAAACAAUACCGUUCCUUGGGCAUGAUCGCAACGGGAUUUGUGGGGCAAUCGAAACCCUGAAUGAUUGCAUCUGGCGAGCGUCGACAUCAUAUAUCGAUGUCCAGGACAACGUCCGAUAUGCGUCGCUGUUUGAGAAACAGCCAUCGGUGGUUUUACGCGAUCGAAAAUCGGAGUUUGUGUUGGAGUAGUCUGAAUCCGACUUCUUCAUAAGCAGCAGAGCGUUUCGGGACCGCGGAAUGGAAUGUACAAGCAUUGAGAUCCAAACUACCGGAACUCGAGGAUCUUUAUAUACGUCUCGCUGGGAGUCGAUCAACACGAGAUAUACCACAGUCCUGUUGCACACCGCUUACGAGAAGGGGAUUUCUCCAGGCCGCCCAUUGUCGAAUGACGAGUUCAUGGCACGGGUGAAAGUGCUUUUGGAGAAAGGGUUUAAUAUUGACGGGGGCAUCUGCACUUACGAGGGUGCAAACACCGGCUGUCCCAGAUUCGCGUGUGUUA